GUGUUUCACAAUACAAUCUCAACUAGUGUGUGUGUGUGUGUGUGUGUGAGAGAGAGAGAGAGAAAGAGAAAGAAAGAGAUAACACGGAGAGGGUUUCUGCACUCGAACAUGCUCAAUUUGCCCGGCAAAAUACGUCAUGUUCGCUUUGCCCCUCAACAUGCCUGCCUGUCGUAGCGGCAGCGCUGUAGCCUACAGAGAACGGGGAUGAUAGAUGAACCGCAGUUUAUAUGUUGAUAUCUGUUGGAUGCUGCUGCAGCAGCGACGGCCUUCCGUGUUUAGUCCAUGCGGAAGAGUGCUUUCUAAACGGCUAAUAGAGGAUUUCGACCUGGAUAAAAUAGAUUAGGAAGCGGACUCACCCAGAAACAGCUCCAUCCACCCAUACCAUCGAAUGUGUUGAUCACAGGGCGGCCCAGUUGUCCUAAAUCGAAGCCGGGGGCUAGAUUUGGAACGUCGCAGGAACAUGGAGGAACUAUGAGGGGAGGAGGAGAAGGAGAGAGGGAGAACAGACUCUCUGCUGGAGGCCAGGUUCUGAUAUCAUCCAGUUGGGACCACAGCAGAACACAGUGACUCGUCAGAUGUUGAAGCGAUGGCCGUGUGGACUGAGCUAUAGCGCUGCAAGAUUCAUACACAUAGAUGCCCCCCUCCUAACCCCCCGAGCCCCCUACAGCCUCCCCACCCUCCCUCUGUCUCUCCUCCAUCUCUCCUUCCUCUGUCAUCCCUCUACCCCCUCUGAUCCCAGCCUCUUUCUGAUCUAAUUGUCUCUCACUGUCUUCUUCUCUCCUUUUCUCUGCAUCUCUCUUUUUCUCUCCAUCAUCCCCCCCCUCUCUCCCUCCCUCCAUCAUGGCGUGUUGUGGUCGCUCUCUUGACUCCCCCUGUACCCUGGCCCUAUUGGUGGGCUUCCAGUUUGCCUUUGUGGUCUACUUCUCCCUGGGGGGCUUCAGGGGGCUGGUGUCCGUACUGGUCCACUCUGAGCAGCCUGAGUUUGACUACUCCCGCCCCCACGACGUGUACACCAACCUCAGCCACCUGGGGGUGCCACCAGCCCCCCACAUAGGAACGGGACCUCCAGGGGCUGAGCUGAAGGAUUGCAAGAUGCCCUCACCACUACUGGUCGGUCCUGUAUCUGUGCGUCUGUCCUCGCCUCUCUCUCUGGAGGAGAUCAGGGAGAGGAACCCGUUGGUGUUACCGGGAGGCCGGUACAGCCCCCCAGACUGCCAGCCGCGCCACCACACGGCCAUCGUGGUGCCGUACCGUAACCGCCAGACUCACCUCCGAGCCCUACUCUACCACCUCCACCCUUUCCUACAGAGACAACAGAUUCACUACAGUAUCUACAUAGUCCAGCAGUGGGGUAACUCUACAUUUAACCGAGCUAAGCUGUUGAAUGUUGGGGUCCGUGAGGCGCUGAGAGACGAGGACUGGGGGUGUAUCUUCCUACACGAUGUAGAUCUUCUGCCUGAAAAUGACCAUAACACCUACACCUGUCACAAUCAGUUCCCCACACACCUCUCUGUUGCCAUGGACAAGUUCAGAUACAGGUUGCCGUACCCCCAGUAUUUCGGAGGGGUAUCUGCGGUCACACCUGAGCAGUACAUGAAGAUGAACGGAUUCCCCAACAGCUAUUGGGGCUGGGGUGGGGAGGACGAUGACAUCGCUGCCAGAGUGCGUCUGUCUGGGAUGAAGAUAGUGCGCCCUCCAGUGGCCAUCGGACAUUACAAGAUGAUCAAGCAUAAAGGAGACAGGGGCAAUGAGCAGAAUCCACGCAGGUUUGACCUUCUGAAACGGACCAGGCUCAACUGGCAUUCUGAUGGUCUGAACUCUCUGACCUACGAACUGUUAUCCAAAGAGCUGCAGCCUCUCUACACCAACCUGACGGUCGACAUUGGGGACGACCCUCGUCUGCCCCAGAGAAAGGCCACGCCUCCUAUGCCCAAACGUGAGGUGAAGGGGGAUGAAUUACCUCCCCUUGUGCCAUGGAGCAAACAUGGAUCAAAGAGGAGGGGAGACACACCCCGUGCAGCCAAACAUGACAUAAAGGGGGAAGGGCAAGCCGUUAAAGUGGGUGUGGUUACAGCUGUGACUACGGCUAAACCUAAAGCUGACAAGGUAGACCACGCCCAGUCAAAGACAGUGCAUCAGACUGUAGAUGAGAGGGCGAGUGUGGUAAAGUAGGAAGAAGGGCUGGAGAUAUGGGGUGCAUCUCAUUGGUCUAAAGCUGCCCCCUCUCCUCUUCUCUCCUGCAUCUGAAAACACAGGAUGGGUGUUAGCAAUGUGGAGGAUGUUACUGUCCUGUCCAGUUCUACCACAUCAAUGCAGAUGAAGGAAAGGACAUGAUGAGAGGAAGCCAGAGAUGCACUGAGUUGUACACUAAAAUGACACACCUUCUGUUCCUGUAUUAUCAUAGGGUCCCCUAUGAGGGGACCAGUAAAGCUAGCUAUGUCCGUGAAACUGUAGAUAUUGUGAAGCAUAGGGCUUAGGCUACAGCCAACUCAAAACCCUUCUGAAUGUGACUCACCUCCAGCGACAGUCAAGGUAUUCAAACAAACUCUCCACCCUUCCUCUCAGAAGACUACACCACCGUUAUUACCAGUUGGUUUCAUUGGUUCUUAAACCUCUCUUCGGGGAUCCCCAGACGUUUCACCGUUUUGUUGUAGCCCUGAGUUAGCUCACCUGAUUCCAGUAGUCAACGGCUUGAUGAGCUACUGAAUCAGGUGUGCUAGCUCUGGAAUAGUUCAUGUGGGGGUCCCUGAGGAGAGGUUUGAGAACCACUUGAACCAGACAACUGGUAUGUAAAGAGUGUUGUAGUCUUCUGAGAGAGGAAGGGUGGAGAGGUUUGAGAACCACUUGAACCAGACAACUGGUAUGUAAAGAGUGUUGUAGUCUUCUGAGAGAGGAAGGGUGGAGAGGUUUGAGAACCACUUGAACCAGACAACUGGUAUGUAAAGGGUGUUGUAGUCUUCUUAGAGCAGAAGGGUGGAGAGGUUUGAGAACCACUUGAACCAGACAACUGGUAUGUGAAGGGUGUUGUAGUCUUCUGAGAGCGGUGGGGUGGUUUUAGAAACACUGGUCUGAUGGACAUUAUGUGGUGAACAUUCAUUCUGAAGAGAGAGAUUGUGACAUCAGCAUUUAAUCAAACCCAAUUGAAACUCCAGAGUUCCUUUUUUCAGCCAAUGGGAUGCCAGAUCUUGCAAGUAACCAAUCCGCUGCCAACCCACUGCUGCUCUGAGCCAAUCAUCUCCUAGUUGACUUCUGGCUUCAGCCUAUCCGCUCCCAGAAACUGCUGCUGUUGGUCCGCCCUAUUGUGUGGGUCAGUGUUUCUGUGCCUUCUCUCUUCUAUUGAUCUUUUAUGGAGUGGGACAAAGUUGUCCCUAGAUGCUGAUCUGGGGUCAGUUUUCUGUUGUCCCUGUUAUGGUUAAGUGUAUAUAUAUUGGGUCGGGGUAAACUGAUGCUAAGUCUGUAUCUACAGGCAACUUCUUCUCCGAGCACCAUUUUAUAUCCGUUUGCCCGAUCAGUGCUUUCACACUCCAGACGUAUCAGAUGACUGUAGGAUUUAUAUUUAUAUAGAGAUGUUUGUUUACUUUGAGUCAGGUGCCUCUUGAUUGUGUAUUUGGGUUUAGAGACAAUCUAAUCGAAGGGUAAAAACGUUAACUGUUAAUAAUCGCUUCACAUAGAGAAAGAAAUCUCUCUGUAAAGGGAAGUGAAGUAUUCUAUGCCUCAAAUACAUUAGACUUGGUUCUAUAGUUUGUUUUCUAGUUUGAAUAUACUGUCUUUAAGUGAGUGAACUUAUGUCCAUCCAGUACAGAAUCCCUCAUAGCCAUCCAUGUUGAUUUCAUAUCAGCCAUCCAUGUUGAUUUCAUAUCAGCCAUCCAUGUUGAUUUCAUUUCAUAUCAGCCAUCCGUGUUGAUUUCAUAUCAGCCAUCCGUGUUGAUUUCAUAUCAGCCAUCCGUGUUGAUUUCAUAUCAGCCAUCCGUGUUGAUUUCAUAUCAGCCAUCCGUGUUGAUUUCAUAUCAGCCAUCCGUGUUGAUUUCAUAUCAGCCAUCUGGAAUGUACUGUACAUACUUUAUCAUACUAGUUUACUGUAAUCCAAAAACGAUAAGAUAUGUUUCAGUGAGGGGAGGUUCUGGAGCCAGUUUGUAGGAGGAGCUAUAAGGUAACUACCUAUACUGUAUUUCCUGCUGCGCUGUGAUUGGCUAAAGGAGUGUGUCGGGGGGGCUCUGUAGAUUCUCCUGUAUAGGACAUAGGGUUUCAUUAGAGAGAUGCUCAUUUCAAGCUUUUAUGCUGUUCAUGAGUUGAUAGAAUAGUUUUUUUAUAUUCAGAUCCACGUUAGCUGUUGAAGAAUCAGCAACUAUUCUUCUUGGGGUCCACACAAAACAUAGAACAUGACCAAAUACAGGUUACUAAUGGACAAGAACAGCAACACAAACAAUAUGAGUAUUUUAAAAAGAAGAAGAAAGAGAAAAUAAAUGAAUAAUGCUAAUCUUAAAAAUUCAAGAAUAAUGUGUGUUUUGAAAGUUGUUGUUUUUUCAUGAUUUAUUUCACUAAACUACUGUGUUACUGAUGCUAAUUUGAAUGUAUUUUAUUUAUUAAACUACUGUUAGGAUUUGGGUUUUACCCGUUAAGCUUACUUACAGCAGUGAGUAUUUACUCAUUCCAUAGCAUCAACAAUGCCUCAUAUUAGAAUGUAGACCAACCUUUUAGCGUGAAAGAAAGGGUGGUUCAUAUUAUCCAUGUAGUUGUCAUGGUUACUAGCACUGUGCUGAACUUAUAUGACGGACUUUAAGUUCCAAAACUUGCAGAUACUGUAGAAAUUAGAUUUAGAAUGGAAACAAUUGAAUCUUUAUCAGGUAGAACAGCUGAUUUGAUAUAUUCUAUAUUUCUAUUUCUGUCUUCUACAUUCUAAACAUUAUGCCUCAAUAAGCCCCGUGUUUUAAAGAAUGGAAUGCUGUAGGCAACCCUGUUCCUGGAGUACCACAGGUACUACAGGGUUUUGUUCCAACUAGUCACCACACAUGACCAACUGAGCCAUGCAGCACUCCAGGGCCAGGGUUUCCUACCCCUGCUGUAGGCUAUGUACUGAAUGUGUCUGAUUCAGUGUACAGCAUAUCAUGCAUAUAUGCCCUCUUGCUGUCUGGGAGAGAGCUUUACUUUUUUACGGCCGUGGUUGGGAGUCCCAUAGGGCGGCGCACAAUUGGCCCAGCGUCGUCCGGGUUAGGGUUUGGCCGGGGUAGGCCAUCAUUGUAAAUAAGAAUUUGUUCUUAACUGACUUGCCUAGUUAAAUAAAGGUUCAAUUAAAAUAAUAUAUAUAUAAAAACAUUACGUGGGUGCUUUCUAAUAGAGGGAGGGAGGGUAUGGGAAUCAAGGCCUCCGACUGUACAAUAGGAAUAUUAAUCAAUACUGUCAAUCAUUAUCUGCACCUUGUACCCAAUUAAAUCUUUACAAUGAGGAUGAUGAAAUGCCACCCCCAUCUUUGAGGUCACCUUUUCAACUCGUGUGUGAGAUAUUUUAGAGAAUUAGAGAAAGAGAAUAGUAUUUUGACUUUAGAUUCACUACACAGGUGGCAUACCAGUGAAACUACUGUAUACCCACUGUAACCAUACACUACUUGAUGGUGGUGGUGAUAAUGGCGAUGGUGAUGAUGCCAUCCACUAUUAAUCAAUUGUAAGUGAUCAUCCAUAGGAUAUAUCUGCAGUCAUAUUAACACAGCUCUUCAUAGGGACAUAACCGACUAGUAUGUAUCAUAGGAGACAGUGUGUACCUGGAAAUCAUUCUAUAUUUAAUAAAAUAGCUAGUUUUCUAUCAGAUGUUUGGUGUAAAUGGAGGGGAAAUAGUAUAGACUACUAUAGGCAAUCUAAUGUAACUUUAAUUUAGUCACAUGCUUUUGACUUUUAUUUCUAAAACAUGCUUUUGACUUUUAUUUCUAAAACAUGCUUUUGACUUUUAUUUCUAAAACAUGCUUUUGACUUUUAUUUCUAAAACAUGCUUUUGACUUUUAUUUCUAAAACAUGCUUUUGACUUUUUCAAUCAUGAUCAGUUCGGUGUGUUGAUUUCCAUACUGAUAGCUGUGUGGUAACAUACUGUAUUGAAAAGUGUUAGAAUAUUAUUGUAGUUUUAAGGGGAUAUGAAUUAUAUCAUUUGGACUGGGAGUUGAAGGGAAGGUUAUGACAUGUGCUUUAGUCACUGUAUUGAGUUUUUAACCUGAUUUCCACCUUCAGAUGAAAAUUGACUCAUAUUUAAGAGGAAGUGGACACUGGACAGCUCUAGUCCUCUGGGGUUGCCGUGUCUGCUGGGCUGGGUUGUGUUUGGGAGUGAGAGGGGGAGAGACCAGUGGAGAGGCCAGCAGAGAUGGCACCCUAGAGAGAUUGGGGGUUAUUCUUUGGGCCAUGUUGUGGAGUGUUGUGUUUCAUGACUACACAGAGAAAACAUACCAAUAAAACACAUUCAAAAGCA